AUGCCCCAAACACGACACUGUCAAUUCAAUGUCCACCUACUACCUUGCACUCAUCCUGGUUGCUGCCGCCAAUUAAAGAAUAAGUCUGCGCUCACACAACACUUGCGCACAAUACACCAACACUUGUUUCGAAUUCCAGAGCGAUGUCCUCCUUCUGCUACAGCUGAAGUCCCAGACAAGCCUGAAAACCGCCCAAAAGUGAACUUCAUGAGAGACUAUCAUCUAGGCCUUGAUGGGCGCAUUUGUAAUAAAGCUGGUCAAUUUAUUGACCCCAAAGCUCCACCACCAGCUUUCACAACGAAGUCCCCUGAUGAUUGGACACCAUUUCCUGGUGCUGAUAUUGACAAGGUCCUUCAUUUUUGGGGUAUCACCCUUGCUGUUCACGGUGACACCCCACCAUUCGCUGAUCGCAAAGACUUGCAUAAUGUCAUCGAUAACACUCCACUUGGAGACGUGCCUUGGGAGAGUUUCAACAUGGAGUAUGCGGGUGACAGGUCAGGCGGAGAAACACCCUGGAUGAAGAAGGAGUACGAGGUGUUCUAUUGCGACCCUCACAAGGUUGUGCAGAACAUGUUAGCUAAUCCUGACUAUAAGGAUGAGAUAGAUUUUGCACCAUAUCGCGAAUGGGAGGAGCGGCCUGAUGGAAGUCAUAAUCGUCAGUGGAGAGAUUUUAUGUCCGGAGACUGGGCUUGGGAACAAGCGGAUAUUAUUUCUGCAGACCCUGCAACCCAUGGAUCGACCUUCAUUCCCAUUAUUCUGGGAAGCGAUAAAACAACGGUCUCAGUCGCGACGGGUCAAAAUGACUACUACCCCUUGUAUUUAUCGAUUGGCAACGUUCACAACAACGUUAGGCAGGCUCAUCGAAAUGCUGUUGCUCUCGUGGGGUUUCUCGCGAUUCCAAAAACAACGAAAAAACAGAGCACUGAUCCACGCUAUCGCAAAUUCAAGAAGGAGCUUUUUCAUACUGCGCUCGUUCGGAUCCUCGAGAGCAUAAGGCCCGCCAUGACUACUCCGGAGGUUGCACGAUGUGCAGAUGGCCACUACCGAUGCGUCAUAUAUGGCAUUGGACCUUACAUUGCGGAUUAUGAGGAGCAAGUGGUUCUUGCUGGAAUAGUCCGCAAAUGGUGCUGCAAAUGUACAGCGCAGUUGUCGAAUCUCGACGGAGAUGGGGGACCACGAUCACGGGAACUCCUGGAUGCGUUGAUUGAAGAAGUCAAUUUAGGGACUUUAUGGGACGAAUGGGGCUUCAUCGCUGACAUCACGCUGUUCACCAACAAUUUCCUGCGUGCGGAUAUCUACAAGCUAAUCGCACCAGACUUGCUCCAUCAGAUUAUCAAGGGCAUCUUCAAAGAUCACCUCGUCGCGUGGGUACAACUAUAUCUUGAAGACACCCAUAGUGAGGCACGAGCCAAAGAAAUUAUGGACGACAUCGACAGACGGAUUGCGGUAGCGCCGAGUUUUUCUGGUCUCCGGCGUUUUCCAGAAGGCCGGGGAUUCUCGCAGUGGACCGGUGACGACUCUAAGGCCCUGAUGAAGGUAUAUCUGUCUGCUAUCGAAGGGCAUGUUCCCACAGAGAUGGUCCGUACGUUUCGCACAUGCCUCGAAUUCUGCUAUAUUGCACGACACGACAUCAUCACGGACGACACUCUCAAGGACAUGGAGGACGUGAUUCAAUGGUUUCAUGUAUACCGUGAAAUAUUCAAGACAACUGGUGUCCGUGACCAUUUCUCCCUCCCUCGUCAACAUUCCAUUUCUCACUAUCCGUUUCUCGUCCGCCAAUUUGGUGCCCCGAAUGGACUCUGUUCGUCAAUCACCGAAUCCAAGCACAUCAAGGCGGUUAAAGAACCGUGGCGGCGCUCGAGAAAAUUCAAUGCACUUGGGCAGAUGGUGCGCACCAACACCCGCAUAGAUCAAUUGGCAGCGGCCCGCAUCGACUUCACAGAACGUGGCAUGCUUUAUGGAACAUGCGCCUCAAGCUACACGACUUACUUUGAGCGCAAACAUGCUCGUACUAUCCUCAAUCUCGGCAAAGAACUCCACUUGCCGGAACUCCCAACCCUUCUUCAAUAUUUCCUUUACGACCAACUAUAUGCUGACGACAACCACACCUCCGCCGAUGUUCCGCUUCUUCGGUGCCCAAACUACACUGGGCGUAUUCAAGUCGUCAACUCUGCUGUUGCCACAUACUUCGCCCCCAGUGAUCCAAGUGGAGUAGGGGGGAUGCACCGUGAACACAUUCGUUCAACACCUUCUUGGCGCGGCGGCCCUCCACGUUACGACUGUGUGUUCGUCAGCAUGGACAACACUACUGAUGGGAUCAAUGGCAUGGACAUUGCUCGUGUCCUGUCUUUCUUUUCGUUCUCUUUCAGAAACACCGUCUGGCUGUGCGCUGUUGUUCACUGGUUCAAGCGCAUUGGCUCCAAGCCAGACGAGGACAUGGGUAUGUGGAUGGUGCGCCCGUCAAUGAACGACGACCAAUCUCAUGAAAUUUCAAUUAUUCAUGUUGACUCAAUAUUCCGUGCCGCUCACCUAGUACCAAUGUUUGGAGACAAAUUUGUCCCAGAGCAUGUCAAUUUUCACAAUUCUUUGGACGCUUAUAUGGGGUUUUAUGUCAACAGAUUUGCGGACCAUCACGCAUUCGAAAUUGCCUCCUGA